AUGUCAAAUCCUUUUGGGUAUGCAGCAGAUUCGUACCAGCAACAGCAGCAGCAACAACAGCAGUCCCACUUGCACCACCCGCAGCCACAAUAUAACCAGCCGAUUCCAAUGCAGUCGGCCCAUCACCACCACCCACCGGCCCACACUCAGCAUUCGCAGCAACAUCCACAGCCACAGGCGCAGUUCAACUUCUUGAACGACCCCGCGGCGGCGUUGGCCUCGCAGUUUGCCAGAUCCGGGUUUGAACAGUCGAACCAGUACAUUCAGGAAAACUUUGGCUCGUUUUCCGGCGAUAUCAAGUACUAUUUCCAGGUGAGCAACUCGUACGUGGUCAAGAAGAUCUGGCUCAUUUUGUUCCCGUAUGGACAGAGGGACUGGAGCAGGGUAAGCACCAAGGAAACGGGCACAAACCAGUUUUUGCCGCCCUCGCACGACGUCAAUGCCCCCGACUUGUACAUCCCGCUCAUGUCGUUUGUCACGUACAUCUUGCUCUGGGCCGUCUUCCAGGGCUUGAAAGGCGAUUUCCACCCGCAGGUGUUUGGAUACUUGGCGUCGCAGACGCUUGCAUUUUUCAUUCUUGAUAUCGUCAUUUUCAAAAUCGGCUUGUAUUUGUUGGGAUGUUCGCAGAGUAAGAUUUAUGACAUCAUCAGCUUUGCUGGCUACAAGUACAUCAGCAUCAUUGUCUUGCUAUGUUUGAAACAAUCUGUCGGUUCGUAUUUGGGCGUGUUUUAUUAUCUUGCGGUGUGUUUGCUCAUUGCCAAUUUGUCCAUCUUCUUGAUGAGACUGUUGCGGUUCAUCAUCUUGCCUACGACUGCUGCUGUUGCUGCCACUGCCGCCUCUGCCAAUACUAUUGGCAGUGGUAUAAAUGUCACUGCGGGAAAUGUCACCAGCAGCCAGCGGAAAAUCAGAAUCCAGUUUUUGUUUGCUUAUUCGGUGAUUAUCCAAGGUAUAAUCAUUCUUUACAUGAGUAAAUGA